CGUUUGAUGGACGUGGUGUGACUAUGCUGGAGGUAUGCGGGAGUUGGCCGGAGAGCUUCGGCGUGCCGCGGCACAACGUCGGGUCAGCGGACGCAAGUGACGAAGGAUUGCGAGAGAGGCUGGCCGAUGCCAUGUCUGAGUCCCCCUCUAGGGAUAUAGUAGGCUCUGCUACAGAGCUGCAGAGGGAGGGCAGCAUCGAGACCCUCAGCAACAGCUCGGGUUCCACCAGCGGCAGCAUCCCACGCAAUUUCGAAGGCUACCGCUCCCCCCUGCCCACCAACGAGAGCCAGCCACUCAGCUUGUUCCCCACAAACUUCCCCUAGAGUCCCAUCUCUCACCCACCGUCCAGCCCACCUGAGCACCUGCCUGCCCCCUCCUCCCGCUCCCCCACUGACACACUGAUGUGUUGAACUGAGACCAAAUCGUCUCUAGGAUUUGUGUUUCUCUGUACAGUGUGUUUUGUUUUGUCUUUUUUCCUCUUCUCGUACAGCUGAUCACAAAUCAGUGCGAGUCCAGCUACAUCCAGUAUUAGUGUUUCAUUUGUGAGGUCGGAUUUUGAAGGCUCAUAUUGUUUCGUUGAAGCUACCUGCAGCUGUAACUUGUGCAGAUUUCCAGAUAUUUUGAAUUUGUCCAUUUAAUGCCAAAAUCAUUCCCAGAAAAUUAUUUGGUGUUUACCCUCAAAUUGCUUUCACGUCAGGAUGGAAACUCCUGGACACAUUUAUUAUAGAUUUUUGAAAAGGUUAGCAGCUGCUGUAAGUGUUUCUGAGCAAUGAACCAAAUGUCGUCUCAUAUUUUGAUACAGCUUGUUUUAAGGAGGAGCUUCCUGUAUUUUCAAUGUUAGAUUUUUAACAUCACCCCCACAAAUCAGGCUGCUUAUUACCUUUUUCGUUGCGUUAAAUCAGCAGCCAGUCCUCACAGACAUCGUUGCAAACCAGCCGUCCUGUCCUCUCUGCAGCUGGUGUCUGCUGUUUCCUCGGCCCGCCAUCAUUCUUCGCGUGUGUUUGAAGUUUUACGGUGUGCCUAUUGUCUGAAUGAGCCAUUAGAAAGGGAGCACCGACAGAGGAAAAAAAAAUGUUUAUUCCAGUCAAUGACGUGUAGCAGCUCCUUUUUCCCUCCGAGUGUGUGUGCGCGCGCGUGUGUGUGUGUAUGUGUGCGUGUGUGUAUGUGUGCGUGUGUGUGUGUGUUGCUGCUCUCAUGGCCUCUCGCUAAAUGUUUUUGAUUAAAUUUGCUCCUUUCAUGCCUUUGAUUUUCUUGUAAUUACAUUUGACAAAAGAUGCAGUAAUGAGAUGACACUAUUACUACGUUGCUGAAGUAAUUUAGAUGUUUACAGUGUAAUUGAGAUAUGUUUCUGAAAUCAGUUAGAUAUAUUCCCCACUCGGCCUUUCCAGGUAGUAAAUUUUAAUUGAGCGGAGUAAUAGAGGCUUGUGUAGCCGUCAUGCUGUAUUUUGUACUUUAGCAACUUUUGACCAAAAUCUUUUUCCUGCUUCUAGUUAUGCAUCUUUAAAAAAGAAAAAAAGUAUUUUCCUUAAAUGCGCUAGCUUUGCCCGUAGCAAAGAACUUUGAUAAUCAGAAAUGACUCUAUUGAACACACAUUGCCUGGUAGUUUGCAGAAUGUUUGAGAAAUAAAUGCACUAUUUCCAGAGUCACCCUAGAAAAAAAAAAUUGCAAUGUAGUGCACAAUCCCACAUGUCUGAGUGUUGCUGGACUGGCUGCAUGUCAUGAUGUCCUGGCUCGGUCACUGAAUGAACAGAGAAAGAGCAUGAAUCUACUAAUGCAGAGCAAAUGCUUGCUGUUGACGGUCUGAUUGGAUUUGUAAAAUACCGGCUUCUUUUCCCAGCGUUCAUGCAAGUGAAGAUAUAAUAAAAGUCAAGGAAAUGAAA